CAGAGGUCCUCUUCAGUGCGCCCUGGGGGCUGGAACUCUGUAGACAAACAUUAACUUUGGGAUAGACACUAUUUAUGUUCUACUCCUUCCAUUUUUACUGCAUCUACCAUUUGAUCAACAUGAAAUCAUCUCUGACUCUGCUGUGUCUGGUGGUAUGGGUGAAUGUGGAUGCUUCAUCAGCUCAGACUGAGUACUGUGGUAAGCCUGAGGGUGCAGGGAGGAGAAUGCAGCUGAUUCCUGAUCGAGAGCGUUAUGAAAAUGGGGACCAAGUAGAGUACGGAUGUCUUGCAAUUUGUAAGAACGGAGAGUGGGAUAAGACCAUCAAGGGCAAAGAUUACUGUAGUAAACCUGAGGGUGCAGACACCAGAAUGCUGCUGAUUCCUGACCGAGAGACAUAUGAAAAUGGGGACCAAAUAGAUUAUGGAUGCCUUAGCGGCCCAAACACAGGCGCUAGAGGAAAAGCAACUUGCAAGAACGGAGAGUGGAGUAAGACAAUCGAGUGCCAAGUGACCUGUCCCCCAGCCCCUCCUAUUGAUAAUGGAGAUCACACUGUCAAAGCGAGAGAUGGUGAAGGCGUUGUUACAGAGGUUUCCUACCAAUGUAACUUGGAUUAUACACUGAGUUUCACAGGCAGCAUCAGAUGUCUGAAUGGAGAAUGGGAGACCUCACCAAAGUGCCUACGGCCUUGUGAGAUUCACACUUUUGAUGCAGAGUACCAUCUACAGGAUUUACCCCUAAUAAUGUACAUGGAACACGGUGAAAAAAAGACUAUUCAUUGCAAACAUGGAUAUUACCAUAAACAUGCAUCUGAAAGCAAUAUAACAGACAUUGAAGUGGAGUGUAAUGAUGGAGAGAUAAACUAUCCAUUUCCAAAAUGCAUUGCAUUUGCUAAAUGUAAAUUAUCAUUGCCACCAACAAGAGGAACCAGUUAUACACCUGCUGGCAGAAAUCUGUUCUCACCUGAUGAAAGGGUGACGGUGACCUGUACCUCAGGAUUCUGGAUCUUUUUCUUACAUCAGACUGAAAAUACAAUACAAUGCAAAGAGGAUGGAAAGUGGUCAUCUUCUACAGAUUGUGAACUGAUAACCUGUGGUGAUCCACGUGACCCUCUUGUGAGUUCUCCCAACCGCUGGCAGCGGGGUCAAUUGAGAGGAACUCAGCGUUACAACUGUAGAACCGGAUUUAAAACCACAAAUGCCCAGGGUGUUGCCACAUGCACAAGUGAUGGCUCCUGGACUCCAGACCCACUCUGUGAAGGCAGCAUCAGAUGUCAGAAUGGAAUAUGGCCGAGCCCUCCAAAGUGUUUACGACCUUGUGAGAUUUCCACUUUUGAUGCAGAGUACCAUCUAAAGAAUUUACUCAAUAAAGAUAAUAUUGUGCACGGUAAAAGAAAGACUCUUCAGUGCAAAGAGGGAUAUUACCAUAAAUACAGAUAUCCAUGGAAUAUAGUAGAAAUUGAGGUGAAGUGUGAUGAUGGAGAGAUGCAGUAUGAAGACCACAAACCUAUAUGUAGCCAUCUUUAUUCAUAGGUAGAUGAUGAACAUAAUGGAUAUCCUACAGAGUCAUGAUGUUCCCUCCGUCAAAUGCAAGAAUCCUUACAAAGCCGCCUUUAUAUGCAAGGAGAAGAUCUAUUUGAUUUUGUGGUUUCUUUGUCGCUUGUUUAAUUUAGGUUUAGAAAAAAUGUGAGCCAUCCAGUAAUGGAAUACAUGUAGUGUCUUUUUCAACAUUUGACAUUGUAUCACCGUUGUAACAAAAUAACAGUAUCUUCCAAAUCAUAUCAGUCUCAGCUUCACUAUAAUAACAGUACAGCUAUCUAAAGCUAGACUAAAAUGGUACAUUUGUUAUAUUAGUACAAAGAGAUGUGAUUGUGUGAACAUCCUAUCAAGUUUAUAAAUUGCCUGGCUGGGCUGAUGAGACAGUGGAUUGCGCAGUCAGAUAGAACAAGAAUUAGGCAUUUUAACAUCAUAGAUUUAGCCAGGUGGUAGCUUGUGGAAUAGACACUGACUGGAAUGCAGUUUUAACCAAUCAUUAUUCAGGAUUAGACCAACACGCUGUAUAAUGUGUAAAUAUCCUCCUGUAUCUUCCAGCUGUGUGAUUCAUUAUCUGAAGGUUUAAUAUGAAUGAACAACUGAUGUUAUGAUUGUGAUUGACCUCAUCAAGGAAGACAAUAAAGUUGUGGAAAAGAGAUGACACGUUGUCUCCAUGAGUCUUUACAAGGCUAUAGUACAACAGAAUAAGAUGAUUUACCAAUGUUAUCCUAACAAAUACACAUUAAAGCUGACUGAAGCUAUUUCUCAGAUCAGUAUCACUGUUGUCAUUGAUCGUUCUUGUAAAUCAGUUUUGUCUCUUAUCAUCCACCUAUAGCUACUUUCUCAGGUGAACAGUAGAUCUUCUCUCGUGUCUCAGGACAGCAUAAGUAAUGCCUCAGUUGGUCAUGUUUUUUUAUGUAUUUGCUUUACUUCUUGCCUCUGCUGAUCUCAGCUUACUGGACGUGAUGGCAACUGUCUUGUUGGACAAACGUAUCCAUGCAUAAUUGAUUGUACAACAUUAAAUAAAGUCUCUCUGGUUCUCA